AACAAGUUGUCUUCACUCGUGAUUACUAUAUCGGUCGGAGGCAGCAGGUGGUCAACGUUCCUCGAAGGACAAACCAUGUGAAUGGGAAUAUGAAGCUGUUUUAUUAUACAACUGGAUUGUUUUAUGAAAGCGCGUGGACUGAGAUGGACGGUGUGGAAUAACUAGUUUUGUGCGUUUUAAAAUUGUAUUUGUCAUAUUUGAAAGGCGUGACAAAUGUUCGGUGCACAUUAAAACAGAAAUUGUGCCUCGAGUCUGCGCUCGUAACGCGCAUCCGGAGUUUUGUUUUUGCCUACCUUAACUUUUAUUUUACUUCUCGCUUAAUUAUGGCUUUUGCAAAAUUCAGCAAAAUUCUUCGGUUGUCUACCUUUGACAUUAAAAAGAAAGUAAAGCAAUACGAACACGUCCACCGUGAUAUAAAUCCCAACGACAUAUGGGAAAUAAUCGGGGAGUUGGGCGAUGGAGCGUUUGGAAAGGUUUACAAGGCCAAAAACAAGGAGACCGGCGUCCUGGCUGCUGCCAAGGUGAUCGAGACCAAGUGCGAGGAGGAGCUGGAGGAGUACAUUGUGGAGAUCGACAUCCUGGCCAAAUGUGACCACCGCUUCAUAGUCAAGCUGAUGGAUGCCUUCUACCACGACAACAAGCUCUGGAUCAUGAUCGAGUUCUGCGCCGGGGGAGCUGUGGACGCCACCAUGCUUGAGCUGGACCGGGGUCUCAUGGAGCCCCAGAUCAAGGUGAUCUGCAGGCAGAUGCUGGAGGCCCUGGUCUACCUGCACAGCAUGAAGAUCAUCCACAGAGACCUGAAGGCCGGGAACAUCCUCCUCACCCUGGAAGGGGACAUCAAGCUGGCUGAUUUUGGAGUGUCGGCCAAAAACACCAAAACCCUCCAGAGAAGAGACUCGUUCAUAGGAACACCAUACUGGAUGGCCCCAGAAGUGGUGAUGUGUGAGACCAUGAAGGAUGCUCCGUACGACUACAAGGCAGACAUCUGGUCCCUAGGGAUCACCCUGAUCGAGGUGGCCCAGAUCGAGCCCCCCCACCACGAGCUCAACCCCAUGAGGGUCCUGCUCAAGAUCGCCAAGUCCGACCCACCCACCCUGGAACAGCCCGCCAAGUGGUCACGGGAGUUCAAAGAUUUCCUGAAGAAGUCGUUGGAUAAGAACCCAGAGAGCAGGCCAACUGCCGCCCAGCUCUUGGAGCACCCUUUCAUCAGCUCCGUGAAGACCAACAGGCCCCUGCGGGAGCUGGUCGCCGAGGCGAAGGCUGAAGUCAUGGAGGAAAUCGAGGACAAUAGAGAGGAAGGAGAGGAGGACGACCCGACGGAGCUGUCUGUGCCUGCAGGUACAGAGCAGACCAGUUUGGAGGGGGACACCCCUGCCAGCACCCCCACCCUGACCCCGACCCCCAUGGACAAGGCCGGGCCUCCCCCCCAGAAGCUCCAGGAGGACCAGCCGGACGACGGCAGGCUGCCCGACGAGGGCAUCGUCAUCCCGGACGCGGACAAGCCCGAGCGCGAGGCCUCCACCAAGACCUCCAGCUCCGACUCGGGCAUGGAGGACGGCAAGAGCACCCCCACCUUGGAGGAGGAGGGCAAGGCCCCGGACACCCCCGAGACCGAGCACCCGCCCCUGCUGGCGCAGCCGGAGAGGGUCGCCGUCGCCGAGGUCACCGAGGUCACCCAGAGCAAGAUGGCGGAGGAGGAGAGCAGCAGUGGAGAGCUUCCGGCGGCCGGUACGGAACCCAUCGCCCCGCCCAGCCCCACGCCAGAGCCCACCCCAGACCCCACACCCCUCAUCGGGCUGAACGGUAACCUCCGGAGGGGGCCCUCCCAUCGCUCGUCCAUCGGCAGCCACACGGACAGCCUGAUGCCCCUCGCCAACGGCAGGAACAAGCGGUGCUCGGACGCGGGAAGCCUGGCGUCCGAGGGCAUGGACAUCAGCCUGAACCUGUCUGGAGACGGCAAGGACAACGGGUCCAUGUCUGUCAGGGUGAGUCGUCAUGUUCUUUCAGAUCGUUCGCAGGUUUUUUUCUAUUUGGAGUUGAUGGGAUAGACCUCAUGUAAAGUG